GCUACAAAGCUGAUUGAAUGCGCCGAGAAGAGAGCUUGCAACUCUCCAUCUCACUCUUACUCACUCGCUCUUCCACAACAACAACAAGCAACUAUAACAUUUUGCAAGUGUCACGCUACCCACUUUGCUUCAUUAGCGAUUGUCAUCCCAUGACUCUCUGUCUCUGUCGCUCUCUCGCUCUCAGUGUUUCGUGUGUGUGUCAAUGUUGUUGCUUUAUUACAGCCAUUUUUUGAAGGGCGUUCACAAUUGUUGCUGUUGCUGUUGUUGCAGCUAAUGUUUAUGGUUGGGCUACGCAAUGCGCAAAAAGAUAGUAAAACGCGUGUGUGGAAUGUGUAGCUAAAAUUAAUUUACUAAUAUUAUCGCUUAGCAUACCUCAAAAAAGAAGAAAAAAAACACAACAAACGUUAUCUACAAACAAAAUGUAGACAGUCAAAAGGAAGAGUGAGAGGGAAGAAGUAACGAAUGGAUUCCAUAACCAAACCAAAGAUAAAAUGGCAAAGAAAUCAAAGAAGAGUACAUCAAUAAAUACCACAAUCAACAACAAAUAUCAAUAAAAUAUGUACAUAAAUUAAAACGAAAGCAAGAACAAUAAAUUAUAAUCGAAAACAACAAAUCAAUUUGCAACUGAAUGAAACGAAAGCAAAAGAAACCGCAAUAACACAACAACGACAAAUAACAACAACAACUCAACUCGACUCUCGAGUCAAAGUCAAACAAACAAACAAAAACCUACGGAAAGUGAAGGCGAAAGUGUAGUCAAACCACGCCCCCUCCAAUUCCCUGCCCCUUGUCUCGGUGUCUGUGUCUUUUUCAAUUGUGAAUUGUGUGUGUGUGUGAAACGCAACGAAUGCGAAAGAAACAACGUCGCUGUUUCAAUCUCCCGUUCCAACGAUCAUGUCCAAGACCAGCAGCAGCAGUACCAACAACAACAACCACCACCACCAUCAUCACAACAACAACAACAAUCGCAGGCAUCUUCCUGUGCCCGCGAAUCUCGAUGACAGCGGCGGCGAAUCCUUUUUGCAAUACGACAGCGAAAAGAAGCCGCCGCCGAUUGUUGUUGUUGUCGGCGAUGGUCGGAGUCGAGUGCGGCGUGUGGUGCGCACAGCGACGCGGCACGUGACCGUGGUCAGUCUGUCGACGCGCCACAAGGAGACGCAGACACACACCUCGCACCAUGUGACGGCCGUCAGCUUUCCCCAGAAGAGCAUCGAGCGCAGCGGCUCCACACAGUACGAUUUGGCGGGUGCGCCAAUAUCGUCAACUGGAGGAGGUCACGGCUCCACAUCGACCACGGACAGCGUCGGUGGCUAUGUUUAUCUGCAGAAUCAUUAUGCGGGGGCCGGGGGGCAUAACUCGGCUGCCACCAUCAACUAUCCCGCGCCACAGCAUCCGCAGAUGAUCUACCAGAUACAACAGUAUCCCACGUGCCAUCAGCAACAACAACAACAACAACAACAGCAGCAGCAUCAACUGCAACAGCAUUAUAUGCAAGUGCAGGCAGCGCCAUCUGUGGGCAGUGCUGGGCACUAUCAUCAUCAUUAUCACCAUGGGCAUCAUCAUCAUCACGGCGGCGCUGUCGUCAUUGCGGGCAGCGGCGUCGGCACCGGCGCCGGUUCGGCUGCUGGCGCUGUGGUGUUGCAGCAACAGCAGCAACAGUUGCAGCAACUUCAGCUGCAGCAGCAACAGCAACAGAAUAUGCACAAAAAGAACUCCAUCCGCAAUGGAGGCGAUGUUCUCAAGCGAACGCGCGCCCAAUCAGCCUACGAGCUAUCACAGGAUCUGCUGGAUAAACAGAUCGAGCUGCUGGAACGCAAGUACGGCGGCGUUCGGGCGCGCAAUGCAGCCGUGACAAUUCAGCGCGCCUUUCGACACUACAUGAUGGUGAAGAAGUUCGCCUCGAUCACAGCGAUGGCCAAGGCCGAGAAGCGUCUCAGUCGCCGCAUGGUUGUCACCGCCUCCAGCAUGACGCUGGCCGAGGAGAGCGCGGGUUCAGCGAAUGCUUCGCUCUCAUCUGCCUAUGGCAGCACCACAGAAUCUCAGCUCGAACAGCAGCAACAGCAACAACAACAGCAGCAGCAACAACAAGCAGCAGCAGCUGCAGCUGCGGGACAGCAACAGCCACGUGUGACCAUCAUGGCGGGUCCUCCAGGAGCCGCUUCGCCAGGAUUAUCGCGGACUCCUCCGACACGAUCGAUGUCCAUGCGAGAGAGACGCCAGCUGGAUUGUAGUCCCAUUCCACGCAGUCAAUCAGGCGCCUCCCCGGUUUCGAUUGGCGGUUCCACCACCUCAGUCUCUGGUCUGGCCUCGCAUCCGCACGUCAAUUUGUUGCACGCAGCCGAGUCGCAUUACUACAAUGCCCAGGCGAUGCCCACGACAGCUGCUUAUUACACCAGCUACCACGGCUCGCCGCAUGAUCUGAGCUUCGCCAGCUCGGCGGACACCUCGUUGAAUGCCUCGUGGGUGAACACAAGCGGACACUCGCCACACACGCCCUACUAUUCGGCAGCGCAGAUCUAUAUGCGACCCAAGGGCGGCAGCACCACGCCCACGCCCAGCUGUGGCAGCCAGGGCAGCGGCAGUGGCAAGAAGGUGCCACCCGAGGUGCCCAAGCGCACCUCCUCGAUCACAGCACAGCAACAGAGUCAGCUGCUGAUGAUGCAACGUCAAACACCGCCGCCUCCCUCUUUGCUGCGCACCAACGGCCUCUGCAAGACGGCGGAGAACGGAAGUCUCACCUCGGUGCAGAGCUCUGGGUCGGAUUCGAGCGUCACCUCAGCGGAACGCAACAUGAACAGCGACUUGGGCUCGGAUCGCAGCAAUUCGCCGCACACCUGGAAACGUGGCACUGCGUUGAAUAGUUCACAACAGUUCUCCACGCACUCGGCGGACUCUGCAGGAGUUUGUGUCACCUCCCAGAUGCAGGUGGCAGUGGCAGCGGUGACAGCAGCUGGUGGCGUGCCACCCACAGAUGAUCAUGCGAUCUCGUCGCACACGAGUGCCGCACAGUACGAGCAACACGAGCAGCAGCAGCACGAACAGCAACAGUUGCAGGCGGCGGCUGCUGCGGCGGGCGUGGCACAGAACUACAAGAUGUCGGAGACAAUAAGGAAGCGACAGUAUCGCGUGGGUCUCAAUCUGUUCAACAAGAAACCCGAGAAGGGCAUCACGUACUUGAUACGCCGCGGUUUCCUCGAGAAUACGCCACAGGGCGUGGCACGUUUCCUCAUCACCCGCAAAGGACUCUCGCGGCAAAUGAUUGGCGAGUAUUUGGGCAAUCUGCAGAAUCAGUUCAACAUGGCGGUGCUCAGCUGCUUUGCCAUGGAACUCGAUCUAUCUGGGCGACAGGUGGAUGUGGCGUUGCGCAAGUUCCAGGCAUACUUCCGCAUGCCCGGCGAGGCGCAGAAGAUUGAGCGACUGAUGGAGAUCUUCUCGCAGCGCUACUGCGAAUGCAAUGCGGACAUUGUGGGUCGACUGAGAUCAUCCGAUACGAUCUUUGUGCUGGCAUUUGCCAUCAUCAUGCUGAACACGGAUCUGCAUACGCCAAAUCUGAAGCCAGAGCGUCGCAUGCGCGUCGAGGACUUUAUCAAGAAUCUGCGUGGCAUCGACGAUUGCCACGACAUUGACAAGGACAUGCUGAGCGGCAUCUUUGAGCGCGUCAAGUCCGAUGAGUUCAAGCCCGGCAGCGAUCAUGUCACCCAAGUGAUGAAGGUUCAGGCCACAAUUGUGGGCAAGAAACCAAAUCUGGCACUGCCGCAUCGUCGUCUGGUCUGUUAUUGUCGCCUGUACGAAAUACCCGAUGUGAACAAGAAGGAACGUCCUGGCGUGCAUCAGCGUGAGGUAUUCCUCUUCAACGAUCUGCUAGUGAUUACGAAAAUCUUUAGCAAGAAGAAGACCUCAGUGACGUACACGUUCCGCAACAGUUUCCCGCUCUGUGGCACCGUUGUCACCCUGCUCGAUCUGCCCAACUAUCCGUUCUGCAUUCAGCUGUCGCAGAAGGUCGAUGGCAAAAUCCUCAUCACAUUCAAUGCCCGCAACGAGCACGAUCGCUGCAAGUUUGCCGAGGAUCUCAAGGAGUCCAUCAGCGAAAUGGACGAAAUGGAAUCGCUACGCAUUGAAGCCGAACUCGAGCGACAAAAGUCCGCACGCAAUCGUGCCACCGGCAACGCAGACAAUCGCGACAGCGGUGUCGCCGACGUCGAAGUCUGUCCCUGUCCCUAUCCGCAAGGCACGCAAGCAGCCGGUGAACAGGCGCCCAACUCCGCGGACUCAUCGCAGCUAAAGCGCAGUGCGCUCAGCAACAGUCUGCUGGACAUGCACGAGCAAUUUGGCAAUGAGAAGCCGCAGCGUCGUGGCAGCGUUGGAUCGCUGGACAGCGGCAUGAGCAUCUCGUUCCAAUCGACCACCACAUCGAGCGCCUCCCGGGAAAACGCAGCCGCCAUCGCAGCGGCUGCUAAUGCCGCCAAUGCAGCCUCCAAGAUCCGCUUCAACAUGCAAGGCACGCCCAACAAUGUGUACGCAGCUCCGGGAAUGCAGGCUUAUACGCAUGCCAACUUUGUGCAGCAGUCGCAGGCCGCCUACUUGCUGCAACAGCAACAGAUGCUGCAGCAGCAACAGGUGGCAGCAGCUCAAAUGCAGGCGCAUGCUCAGGCCCAAGCACAAGCUCAGGCGCAGGCACAAGCUCAGGCUCAAGCACAGGCUCAAGCCCUAACUGCAGCAGCUGUGGCACCAGGACCUGUGGUCAUGGGUCGCAUUCCGGGAAGAGAGCGCAAGGCAUCGCGUUCGGAUGACUCACGCUCCACGGAGGUCUAAAUGUGGCUCAACAUUUGUACUAUCUUUAGUUAAUUAGCGAGCGAUAAAUAUAACACACACACUCAUCUAUUCAAACGUAUCAUACGACCCCGACGACUUUGUAUGAGCCAAAAAACAAAAAUAAUGUUACAAAAAAAAGAUAAUCCCGAAACGAAAACGAAUCGAACGCCAUUUCCCGUAACACCAGAAGUAGCUACAUUAGAAAAAAAAGAAAGAAAACAGCAAAUAUUCUUAAAUGUUCCUUCGUUCUCUCUGCUAAUAAUUAUGAAUUAAUUAAUUAUAAUAUUCAUGUACAUAAAUUACAAUUUUCGUCUAUUCUACGCGAUUUACACUUAACGGUUUAAGUAAGUUUCCAAAACUAAUUGUACAUAUACACAUACAACAUAUACAUAUAUACUACACACGAUAUCUACUAUAUCUACGCAUAUAUCUACUACAUAUAUGGAAAAUACCCCCUUAACGAUAAUCGCAUACUCGUAACCAAAACUUUUGGUCUAGCAUUUUUCUCUUCUUUUCUUUUGUAUCUAAUCCAAUCCCUCUUUCUAUCGAUAUAUAUAUAUUUAUAUAUACUUAUACACGACGUAGCUAUAUUACUUUGUAUAUUAUUACUACCCCCAUCCUUCCCCUAUACAAUAAUUAUGUUUGUGUAACUAAAAAACCAAUCAGUCGAUCGGCAGUUCGAGUAUACAUAUAUCUAUAUAUAUAUCUCUCUCAAUCUUUGUGUGAGUGUAUAUACCAUGAAUAUUAACUUAAAAGCAAUUAGCUAUAAUUAUUCAUAUUUAUAGAGCCAAAACUACCCAAAACCUAAAAUAUUGAUUAAUAAUAUUAAAUACCAAUAAUAAUUACAAUUACAAUAAUAAUAAUAACAAUAAUGGUAAUGAUAGCGAUAUCGAUAAAUGAAAACGCAAAGUGUAUGGAAAAAAGCAAAACACCCGAUAUGUAUAUGAAAAAGCAAAAGACUUAAAAAUUUAAAUAAAUGAAAAGAAAUAAUA